UUACUCAGAAAAUUCCAAAUUAAGGUACCAGAAGGUUCCCAUUUCUCUCUCCUUUUUUAAGCAAACUCCCUCCAAAUCAAUUCUUGCAUGCACACUAGAGAAAAGGUGCAACACCAUCAUACCCUUGUAGUAGUAACACUUCAUCUCUAAAUACUCAAUUUGAAAUAACAAAAUAGGUGACCCGUUUUGCAAUUAAAAAAAUGUCUGCUGCCCUAUGUUUCUCAGUCUCCCCCACCUUGAUCCACAAGCCUCAAGACUCUUCCAAGGACAACAAAAGAGAGAAACCAUGGCAACAAUCUUCUAUGUUAGAUAACAAAGUCAGCAAGAGGAAGCUUUUUUCAUCUGCUGUUAUUGGGCUGGGCCCAGCAUUGGCUGGGCUUUCUGUUGCUCAGCCCACAAUGGCUGAGCCAGAGAGCCCAGGUGCUUCCACUUCAAGCAGAAUGUCAUACUCAAGGUUCUUGCAGUACUUGGAAGAAGGUGCUGUCAAGAAGGUGGACCUCUUUGAGAAUGGAACAGUUGCUAUUGCAGAGAUAUUCAAUCCAACCUUGGAAAAAAUCCAAAGGGUCAAAAUUCAGUUACCUGGGUUGCCUCAGGAGUUGAUCAGGAAAAUGAAGGAUAAAAAUGUUGACUUUGCUGCUCAUCCCAUGGAAAUUAGUUGGUGGCCUGCAGUACUUGAUUUGUUGGGAAAUUUGGCCCUUCCUUUGAUUUUGCUUGGUUCUCUACUCUUGCGGACAUCAACUAAUAAUCCUGCUGGUGGCCCCAAUUUGCCCUUUGGGCUAGGAAGGAGCAAGGCAAAGUUUCAGAUGGAACCAAACACAGGAGUUACAUUUGAGGAUGUAGCUGGAGUUGAUGAAGCCAAGCAAGACUUCCAAGAGAUUGUUGAGUUCUUGAAGACACCAGAGAAGUUUUCUGCUGUUGGAGCAAAAAUCCCCAAAGGGGUUCUUUUGGUAGGGCCACCAGGGACUGGAAAGACAUUGCUGGCCAAGGCAAUUGCUGGAGAGGCUGGCGUUCCUUUCUUCUCUCUAUCUGGAUCAGAGUUCAUUGAGAUGUUUGUGGGUGUAGGGGCCUCAAGGGUGAGGGAUUUGUUUAACAAGGCCAAACAAAACUCACCUUGUUUGAUAUUCAUUGAUGAGAUAGAUGCUGUAGGGAGGCAGAGAGGUACAGGUAUAGGUGGAGGAAAUGAUGAAAGGGAGCAAACACUGAAUCAGUUGCUCACUGAAAUGGAUGGUUUUACUGAAAACACUGGGGUUAUAGUCAUUGCUGCCACUAACAGACCUGAAAUUCUCGAUGCAGCAUUGCUUAGACCCGGGAGGUUUGAUAGGCAGGUCAGUGUUGGAUUACCAGAUAUAAAAGGGAGGGAAGACAUACUGAAAGUUCAUAGUGACAACAAGAAGCUUCACAAUGACGUCUCUCUUAGUGUCAUUGCCAUGAGAACUCCAGGAUUCAGUGGUGCAGACCUAGCAAACCUCAUGAAUGAAGCUGCCAUUCUUGCCAGUCGAAGGGGCAAAGACAAGAUCACAAUGAAAGAAGUUGAUGACUCCAUAGAUCGCAUUGUGGCAGGCAUGGAUGGAACCAAGAUGACUGAUGGCAAGAGCAAAAUUCUGGUGGCUUACCAUGAAAUUGGACAUGCUGUUUGUGCGACACUGACUCCAGGGCAUGAUCCAGUACAGAAAGUCACUCUAGUUCCUAGAGGCCAAGCCAGAGGCUUAACAUGGUUCAUACCAGGUGACGAUCCAUCUCUCAUCUCUAAGAACCAACUAUUUGCUAGAAUAGUUGGAGGCUUAGGGGGAAGAGCAGCAGAGGAACUCAUAUUUGGUGAAACUGAGAUAACCACUGGAGCUGCUGGGGACUUGCAACAAAUUACACAAAUAGCAAGACAGAUGGUGACAGUGUUUGGCAUGUCAGAGAUUGGACCAUGGGCAUUGACUGAUCCUGCAGUGCAAAGUAGUGAUGUGGUGCUAAGGAUGCUGGCUAGGAACUCGAUGUCAGAGAAACUGGCUGAGGACAUUGAUAACUCAGUGAGGCAGAUAAUAGAGGCAGCAUAUGAAAUUGCAAAGAAUCACAUAAGGAAUAACCGUGAUGCAAUUGAUAAAUUAGUGGAUGUGCUACUUGAGAAGGAGACCCUUAGUGGAGAUGAAUUCAGAGCUAUCUUAUCAGAGUUCACUGAUAUUUCUUCACUUAAGAUAGAUAGAACCCCUAUUCGAGAAAUGAUAGAAGCAUAAGUAUAGUUCAAGUGAUGUAUAAUGGGGUAGGAUGACUUUGUACAUGAGUACUAGUAAUAUUAUAGAGCUUAGUUUUGAGAUGGUGCUUUCUUGAUAAUUAGUAACUUUAAUCUUGUUUCUCAUGUUGUA